AUGGUGGAGCCCGGUGCCACGCUCAAGAACGUGAUCAUCGGCAAGGACCAAAUGGAGGGCGUGCACUGCGAGCAGAACGGCUGCACGAUCCAGAACGUGUGGUGGGAGGACGUGUGCGAGGACGCGCUGAGCAUCAAGGGCGGCUCGGCCAGCAGCGUGACCAAGGUGAUCGGCGGUGGCGCGCGCUCGGCCGACGACAAGGUCAUCCAGCACAACGGUCUGGGCACGGUCUCCAUCGAGGGCUUCUACGCGCAGGACUUCGGCAAGCUCUACCGCUCGUGCGGCACCCUCGUGACGGUGGACGUGUGCCAGUGGUCGCAGGGCUCCACUUCGGGCGAGCCCAAGAAACUGGGCGCCGGUCCGUCGGGGUCGCUCUGCCAGUACUCCACCAUCUCCUACGCAUAA